UCACCGACGCGUUCACACUGGAGAGAACCAUACAGCUGUGACCAGUGUGGGAAAACUUUCACUCAGUCCGGUAACCUAGAAGUCCACCGACGCGUUCACACUGGAGAGAAACCGUACAGCUGUGACCAGUGUGGGAAAACUUUCACUGCAUCAGGUCACCUAAAAAUGCACCAACGUAUUCACACUGGAGAGAAACCGUACAGCUGUGACCAAUGUGGGAAAGCGUUCAAUAAAUCAGUUAACCUUAAAGUCCACCAACGUAUUCACACUGGAGAGAAACCGUACAGCUGUGACCAGUGUGGGAAAGCGUUCAAUAAAUCAGUUAACCUUAAAGUCCACAAACAUAUUCACACUGGAGAGAAACCGUACAGCUGUGACCAGUGUGGGAAAACUUUCAAUAAACCAGGUGACCUUAAAAUCCACAGACGUAUUCACACUGGAGAGAAACUGUACUGGUGUGACUGGUGUGGGAAAACUUUCAAUAAAUCUCUUGGCCUUAAAGUCCACCAACGUAUUCACACUGGAGAGAAAACGUACUGGUGUGACUGGUGUGGGAAAACUUUCACUAGAUCAGAUGUACUAAAAGCCCACCAACGUGUUCACACUGGAGAGAAACCGUACUGCUGUGACCAAUGUGGGAAAACUUUCACUACAUCAGGUAACCUAAAAGUCCACCAACGUGUUCACACUGGAGAGAAACCGUACAAGCGGAAACUCCCUAAAAUCCCAAGAAUAGUAGUUUCGAGGAACCCCUUGGAGAACUGA